CGCCAUGGUGAAGGAGCAGUUCCGCGAGACGGACGUGGCCAAGAAGAUAAGCCACAUCUGCUUUGGGAUGAAGUCACCGGAAGAGAUGAGGCAGCAGGCUCACAUCCAGGUGGUCAGCAAAAACCUUUACAGUCAAGACAACAACCACUCUCCUCUGCUCUAUGGUGUACUGGACCACCGCAUGGGCACAAGUGAAAAGGAUCGUCCUUGCGAAACCUGCGGAAAGAACCUAGCUGAGUGUUUGGGCCAUUACGGCUACAUUGAUCUGCAGUUGCCAUGUUUCCACGUGGGGUACUUCAAAGCUGUGAUAAGUAUUUUACAGAUGAUUUGCAAGACCUGUUGCCGUAUCAUGCUGACCGCUGAAGAACGGAAACAGUUUUUGGAUUAUCUGAAGAGACCCGGCUUGACUUACCUCCAGAAACGUGGCUUGAAAAAAAAGGUCUCUGAGAAGUGCAGGAAAAAGAACACCUGUCCUGGCUGUGGGUCGUUCAAUGGUACAGUAAAGAAGUGUGGCUUGCUGAAGAUAAUCCAUGAGAAAUACAAGACCACUAAGAAGAUAGUGGAUCCUGUUGUGUCUAACUUCAUACAGUCUUUCGACACAGCCAUAGAACAUAAUAAAGAAAUUGAGUCCUUGCUGGGAAGAGCCCAGGAGAAUCUGAAUCCCUUGGUGGUGCUGAAUCUCUUCAAGAGAAUACCCGCCGAAGACAUCCCCCUGCUUCUGAUGAACCCGGAAUCGGGCAAGCCUUCUGACCUGAUCCUGACCCGGCUGUUGGUCCCCCCGCUGUGCAUCCGGCCCUCCGUGGUGAGCGACUUAAAAUCCGGCACCAACGAGGAUGACUUGACGAUGAAGCUGACGGAAAUAAUUUUCCUGAACGACGUGAUCAAAAAGCAUAGAAUCUCGGGAGCAAAAACCCAGAUGAUCAUGGAGGACUGGGACUUCCUGCAGCUCCAGUGCGCUCUCUACAUCAACAGCGAGCUCUCCGGCAUUCCCCUCAACAUGGCGCCCAAGAAGUGGACCAGGGGCUUCGUCCAAAGGCUGAAAGGAAAGCAGGGUCGGUUCAGAGGAAACUUAUCUGGAAAGCGAGUGGAUUUCUCAGGCAGAACCGUGAUUUCACCUGACCCAAACCUGCGAAUAGAUGAAGUGGCUGUCCCUAUCCAUGUUGCCAAGAUACUUACAUUUCCUGAGAAGGUAAACAAAGCAAACAUUGACCUGAUGAGGGCGCUUGUUCGAAAUGGCCCAGAGGUUCAUCCCGGCGCCAGCUUCAUUCAGCAGAGGCACACCCCGAUGAAGAGGUAUUUGAGGUAUGGAAACCGGGAGAAGAUGGCCCAGGAGCUGAAGUACGGGGACGUUGUCGAGAGGCACCUCAAGGACGGGGACAUUGUCCUGUUCAACCGGCAGCCGUCUCUGCACAAGCUGAGCAUCAUGGCUCAUAUUGCUCGAGUGAAACCUCACCGGACUUUCCGAUUUAACGAGUGCGUCUGCACGCCGUACAACGCAGAUUUUGACGGCGACGAGAUGAACCUUCACCUUCCUCAGACAGAGGAGGCCAAAGCGGAAGCGCUUGUUCUGAUGGGAACCAAAGCAAAUUUGGUAACGCCAAGAAACGGGGAGCCCCUGAUAGCUGCGAUUCAGGAUUUCCUUACAGCUGCCUACCUCCUCACUCUGAAAGACACCUUUUUUGACCGCGCUAAAGCCUGCCAGAUCGUUGCUUCUAUCCUGGUUGGCAAGGAUGAAAAAAUCAAAGUCCACCUUCCACCGCCGGCGAUUCUAAAGCCUGUCACCCUGUGGACAGGAAAGCAGGUCUUCAGUGUCAUCCUCAAGCCGAGUGCCAGCUGCCUGGUCAAAGCCAACCUCCGCACCAAGGGCAAGCAGUAUUGCGGCAAGGGGGAAGACUUGUGCAGCAACGACUCCUAUGUUACGAUCCACAAUAGCGAGCUGAUGUCCGGCAGCAUGGACAAAGGCACUUUAGGAUCCGGGUCCAAGAACAACAUCUUCUACAUCUUGCUGAGAGACUGGGGGCAAGUGGAAGCCGCGGAUGCCAUGUCCCGCCUCGCCAGGCUGGCUCCGGUCUACCUGUCCAACCGAGGUUUCUCUAUUGGAAUUGGCGACGUCACCCCGGGGCAGGGGCUGCUGAAGGCCAAAUACGAGCUUCUGAACGCUGGAUACAAGAAAUGUGACGAGUACAUCGAGGCUCUGAACACUGGCAAGCUGCAGCAGCAGCCCGGCUGCACAGCGGAAGAGACGCUGGAGGCCCUGAUCCUGAAAGAGCUGUCCGUGAUCCGAGACCAUGCUGGCAGCGCCUGCCUCCGAGAACUGGACAAGAGCAACAGCCCCCUCAUCAUGGCUCUCUGCGGUUCCAAAGGGUCCUUCAUCAACAUAUCCCAGAUGAUUGCCUGUGUCGGGCAGCAGGCGAUCAGUGGGUCCCGCGUGCCGGACGGCUUCGAGAACAGGUCCCUGCCCCACUUCGAGAAGCAUUCCAAGCUUCCGGCAGCCAAAGGCUUUGUGGCCAACAGCUUCUACUCCGGCUUAACGCCCACCGAAUUUUUCUUCCAUACAAUGGCUGGUCGCGAAGGUCUGGUGGACACAGCUGUGAAGACAGCGGAAACGGGAUACAUGCAGAGGCGACUGGUGAAGUCACUUGAAGACCUGUGUUCCCAGUACGACUUGACCGUUAGGAGUUCUACUGGGGAUAUCAUCCAGUUCAUUUACGGCGGGGACGGAUUGGAUCCUGCAGCCAUGGAAGGGAAAGAUGAACCUCUGGAGUUCAAGCGAGUCCUGGAUAACAUCAGAGCUGUGUAUCCCAGCCGAAGCGAGCCGGCCCUUAGUAAGAACGAACUGGUGCUGACUGCUGAAGCCAUCAUGAAGAAGAACGAAUUCCUGUGCUGCCAGGACAGCUUCUUGCAGGAGAUAAAGAAAUUCAUCAAGAGUAUGUCCGAAAAGAUCAAGAAAACCAGAGACAAGUACGGCAUUAAUGACAACGGGACCACAGAGCCGCGUGUCUUGUACCAGUUGGACCGGAUUACUCCAACCCAGCUAGAGAAGUUUCUGGAGACCUGUCGAGAGAAGUACAUGAGGGCACAGAUGGAGCCGGGCUCUGCCGUGGGGGCUCUGUGUGCCCAGAGCAUCGGGGAGCCUGGCACCCAAAUGACCCUGAAGACCUUCCACUUCGCCGGAGUCGCCUCCAUGAACAUCACCCUUGGGGUGCCCAGGAUCAAAGAGAUCAUCAAUGCUUCCAGAGCCAUCAGCACUCCCAUCAUCACCGCCCACCUUGACACGGAUGACGAUCCAGACUUUGCCCGUUUGGUGAAAGGAAGAAUUGAGAAGACAUUGCUGGGAGAGAUUUCAGAGUACAUCGAAGAAGUUUUCCUUCCCGAUGACUGCUUUAUUCUCGUCAAGCUUUCCUUGGAGCGGAUUCGGCUGCUGAGACUGGAGGUGAAUGCAGAGACUGUGCGGUACUCCAUUUGUGUCUCCAAGCUGCGGGUGAAGCCAGGGGAUGUAUCUGUGCACGGGGAGGCCGUUGUGUGCGUUACUCCCCGGGAGAACAGCAAGAGCUCCAUGUACUACGUCCUGCAGUACCUGAAGGAAGAGCUACCCAAAGUGGUGGUGCAGGGCAUCCCGGAAGUGUCUCGCGCCGUCAUUCAUAUUGAUGAGCAGAGUGGAAAGGAGAAGUACAAACUGCUGGUCGAGGGCGACAAUCUGCGGGCUGUCAUGGCCACCCACGGGGUCAAAGGGACCAGGACGACUUCCAACAACACCUAUGAGGUCGAGAAAACCUUGGGGAUUGAGGCGGCCCGCACCACCAUCAUUAACGAGAUCCAGUACACGAUGGUCAACCACGGGAUGAGCAUCGACCGGAGGCAUGUGAUGUUGCUCUCGGACCUGAUGACGUACAAGGGUGAAGUUCUGGGCAUCACCAGGUUUGGACUGGCCAAAAUGAAGGAGAGCGUCUUGAUGCUCGCGUCUUUUGAAAAGACGGCGGACCACCUCUUUGACGCUGCGUACUUUGGGCAGAAGGACUCCGUGUGCGGGGUCUCGGAGUGCAUCAUUAUGGGCAUCCCCAUGAACAUCGGGACGGGACUUUUCAAGCUGCUGCAUAAAGCCAAUAAGGAAGCCGACCCCCCCAGGAGGCCUUUGAUUUUUGACCACCCCGACUUCCACCUUCCCCUUGCUACGUAG